GCUGCAGGCUACCAAUAGGCUACUGUACCAAACCAGUAUUUUUAUUAGUUUGUUUCGUGAAAUUAACUACUGGAUAAUGUUAUUGUAUAUAACUUAAUAUAGCCAAGUGAGCUCAGUAUCGCAAUGAAGUGAGUCAAUAAAGCGUCAAAUGCAAAUGAAUGUAGCCUACAUGGAAGAUAAAUUAGAAGCAUUAACUUGGUCUGCGGUGUAGGUUUAGCACGCUUUAUUAGUGUAUUAGUGUAUAUUAAGGUUAUUCCUAAAAUGCGAGAGAUGUCGUAUGAACUGAUGGGAAGUACCAUUUACGGCGUACUCUCCAAUAUGCUGAUGACGCUGAGGGUGUAUUGUUGUUUUGCUAUGCGCACUAGACAAUCGCGCAGAUAGAAUCAAAUGAACGCUGGAAUCUAUAUAACGACCUGCUGCUGACAGUGUGUCAGAAUUAGGCUAGCAUUAAUGCUAAUAAUAGCCAAAUAAUCAGUUAUUUCUUGCAGCCAGUCUGGAAACGCGUGUAGCGCAAUGUUGCGUGCGCUAUCUUGCGGCGUCCUUGCCUUUCCUGGAGUAUUCUCUUUACUUAGGAAAGUUCUCUCACGUACUUUCAAACAGUGGACCGAAGCCGAUGUUGUAUUCGUUAGCGAGAGGCUGGUGUCCGCCCUCCAUGGAAUCUUGGCCUCGUCCGCUGGGUUUGUCAUAAUUGCAUCGUGCAAAAAUGUGAUGACUGACAGACACUGGCUGUCCACUGCUUUUGUGUGGUUCGGCAUUCCCUAUAUGUCUUACGACAUUUAUGCCAUGUACCUGAGCCAUUACUUUAAUCACCGGGUUAAAGGGCAUGUGGACUAUCAAAACCACUCCCUCCACACGGUCAAGGCUUUCCUCCACAAGGACUUCCUGCUGAUUCUUCAUCACGUGGCGCUGCUGACCGUCUUUCUACCCAUCACACUGUUCUUCAGGAGGGAUCUGGGAGACUUCUUCGUUGGCUGUCUCUUCACUACGGAGUUUAGUACUCCUUUCGUUUGUCUCGGGAGGAUCCUAAUGCAGCUGAGGCUGCAGGACAGCUGGCUGCACGUGGUGAACGGCGUGCUGGUGCUGCUGACCUUCUUCACGUGCCGCAUCGCGCUCUUCCCCUACAUGUACUGGGCGUACGGGCGGCACGCCGACAUCCCCUUCCACCGCGUCCCCUUCCACCUGCCGCUGUGCUGCAACCUGGGGAACCUCUGCAUCCUGGCGCCGCAGCUGUACUGGUUCACGCUGCUGUGCUGGAAGGCUCGUCGCCUCUACCUGCGGAAGGCCCGGCCGAAAAGUCAAGAGCCCAAGUCAGACUAGACGAUCCCCGCGACCGCGUUCAGACUACUUGGGAUUUACUGGGCGGAAUUGUAACCCCCCCACUCCCCACUUCACGAUCACUAUUGCCACAGAAAUCAGAACGGUCGCUCUCAAUUUUAGUUAUGUUAAAUAGAUUGAGGCCCCCAAUUCAUGCCAACGGUAAUAUUUUACUGGGGGGGAAUUUUAUUCUGCAUUCUUCAUCUUCUGUUGUCAUUCAGUCAGGCAUUGCCCCCAGGGAUUGGCGUCUCAGGUUACUACAGACACACACUAGACUGGAACAUGUGGUCGGUGUCCUUCAGGGUAGAACAAUGAGUUUGACGGUAAAAAUGUAAUGCAUUUGCAUAAUGUUGUCAAUUCAGUAUAUAGGUAUUCAACAUAAGUGUUCUCAACAGAGAACUAAAGACCACCAAUGGAAUAAUUUCAGAAACAAUUUAUUUAAGCCAAUUGUAAAACAGUAAAAAGCUUUACAUGCAAAGUAAAAAAGAAAGAAAAAACCUUCACUGAGAGAAGUGACAACUGAAAUCACACAGGCCAAUAAGAUGCAUCAACAAAUGAAAUAAUUUGUACACAAGAAUGGGUGACAUAUGCCAAAGUGCUCUGAAGCACAUGUUCUGAAGCUUUCCCUUUCCAUUUCGAUUUAGACCACUUAUUAAAAAUAUCUGUAAACAAGUCAAUUCUAUGAAAGCCCAAGUAGGGUUUUUACAAAGCCCCCAACCAAAAGUUUACUGACAAACUCAUGCCAAUGAAACUGUUGACACGUCACUGACAACAUCAAAGCACAACCCCCCCUCUCAAUGGAUGCAAGGAUCAAUGGGUGGUGGUGACAGUCUGUUAUUUUAAAAACUGGCAGAUACUGUGUAUAUAGGGCAAAAGAGCAGUGUGCUGUGGCUGAUCUAAUAAGGGUAAAGGUCUCGUUUGAGGAGUUCAUUUGAAUACUUCGGCUGUAAAAUCAAUAUUCUGAUUUUAGUGCAGAAGCCUAAAAUUAAAAUGAUCUAACCAAUUGUGUCAUGAUAA